CAAACUGUCAACCAACUCGAGCCGAGCUUCCUUCUUUUCUCCGCAGAACGUGGAAUAGUGCGGCACGCAUUCGUUGCCCUUGCUUAUUAAAGUGCAGUUUUUGUGCUGAAGUGAACAAAAAUCAUGACUGAAACGCUGCAACUCCGCGGCCAGCUUGUUGGCCACUCCGGAUGGGUCACCCAGAUUGCCACCAAUCCGAAGUACCCGGAUAUGAUCCUGUCUUCGUCGCGUGACAAGACUUUGAUCGUCUGGAAGUUGACUCGCGACGAUGCCAGCUACGGAAUCCCCCAGAAGCGUCUGUAUGGCCACUCGCACUUCAUCAGUGACGUUGUCCUCUCGUCGGACGGUAACUACGCCUUGUCCGGAUCGUGGGACAAAACCCUGCGCCUGUGGGAUUUGGCUGCCGGAAAGUCCACCCGCCGUUUUGAAGACCAUACCAAGGAUGUCCUGUCGGUGGCCUUCUCCGUCGACAACCGUCAAAUCGUGUCCGGAUCCCGUGACAAGACCAUCAAGCUGUGGAACACCCUGGCCGAGUGCAAGUACACCAUCCAGGAAGAUGGCCACAGCGAUUGGGUUUCGUGCGUCCGCUUCUCGCCAAACCACUCGAACCCGAUCAUCGUGUCGGCCGGUUGGGAUCGCACCGUCAAGGUCUGGAAUCUGGCCAACUGCAAGCUGAAGAUCGACCACUUGGGACACAACGGAUACCUGAACUCGGUUUCCGUGUCGCCCGAUGGUUCCCUGUGCACGUCCGGAGGUAAGGACUGCAAGGCCUUCCUGUGGGAUUUGAACGAUGGCAAGCAUCUGCACACCCUGGAGCACAACGAGGUCAUCAACGCCUUGUGCUUCUCGCCAAACCGGUACUGGCUGUGCGUUGCCUAUGGUCCAUCCAUCAAGAUCUGGGAUCUGGCAUGCAAGACCAUGGUUGAAGAGCUGAAGCCCUCGAAGGCCGAUCCUCCACAGUGUUUGUCUCUGGCCUGGUCCACCGAUGGACAGACGCUGUAUGCCGGUUAUUCCGAUAACAUCAUCCGUGUCUGGCAGGUGUCGGUCUCGGCUCGUUAAGUGUUACUAGCGGAGCUGAAAGAAGUCUUUUACCAUGUAAGAAACAAUUCCGUAAAUUUGUGCAGUUAGAUGAAUAAAAUCUACAACACGAA